CUGACUGUUUCUCGCGAGAUUUCGCUCCUGCCUCGUCGUGCUGCGCCAGUACCGGUGUUUGUGUUGUGUGUUUUCGUGUAUUUGUGUGUGAGUGUGUGUGUAAAAAAAUAUAAGUAAUGGAGUCGGACCCGGAGCCCAUUAAACUGAAGUCUAUAAAGAGCAGUAGGAGCUUCACGGUUCCGCAGGAGCAGCGGUUUGGGAACUGCCGGAAUGUGAAAGAGUUUGAGAAACUGAAUCGCAUUGGAGAAGGAACUUAUGGCAUUGUGUACCGAGCUCGAGACACGCGCACAAACGAAAUCGUGGCACUUAAGAAAGUGCGGAUGGAUAAGGAGAAGGAUGGGAUCCCCAUCAGCAGUCUGAGAGAGAUCACUCUGCUCUUGCGCCUCAGGCACCCCAACAUCGUGGAGCUGAAAGAGGUUGUUGUGGGAAGCCAUUUAGAGAGCCUUUUCCUGGUUAUGAGUUACUGUGAGCAGGAUCUGGCCAGCCUGCUGGAGAACAUGCAGUCUCCAUUUUCAGAGGCUCAGGUGAAGUGUAUAGUUUUGCAGUUGCUGAAAGGUCUAGAGUACCUGCAUCACAACUUCAUCCUACACAGGGAUCUAAAGGUGUCCAAUCUGCUGAUGACAGAUAAAGGCUGUGUAAAGAUUGCGGAUUUCGGCCUGGCGCGUGUGUAUGGUGUUCCCCAGCAGCCAAUGACCCCCAAAGUAGUAACACUUUGGUACAGAGCACCAGAGCUCCUCCUGGGGACCAAAACUCAGACUACAGCCCUGGACAUGUGGGCUGUGGGUUGUAUUCUGGCUGAACUCCUGGCCCAUAAGCCCUUGCUAUCCGGCAGCUCAGAGAUCCAGCAGCUUGAUCUGAUUGUGCAGCUCCUGGGGACGCCCAAUGAAAACAUCUGGCCGGGGUUCUCCCGCUUGCCGCUGGUUGGUCAGUACAGUCUAAGGAAGCAGCCGUACAACAACCUGAAGAACAAAUUCACCUGGCUGUCUGAGGCUGGACUCCGACUGCUCAACCUGCUCUUCAUGUACAACCCACAGCGCAGGGCUUCUGCCAAGGACAGUUUGGAGAGUUCGUACUUUAAGGAGAAGCCUUUACCUUGUGAACCAGAGCUCAUGCCCACAUUCCCUCAUCAUAGAAACAAGCGGGCAGGGCCUGCCGUGGAGAGCCAAUCAAAACGCAGCAAAGCUGGACACUCAAUCACAUCGUAGUGCUGUGUUCGGUAGAAACGUACUGUAGUCUCAGGAUGUGUUCAGUUUUAUAGCCAGAGCAGCAGGAGAUAACCUGGUUACCUGGUGCAGGUGUGUUUGGAGCUGGAACACUAGAAUGUUCUGAAGUAAUUGUAUUUAACUGAAAGAUGAGUCUGAGAUCAGAACAUGAAUGGCUGCAGCUCUUAUUUUUUUGUGCAUUUUGAUAUAUCGGCUUGCAGACAAAUAUGAUGAUAAAAAGUUCACAGAUUUCUGUUGCAGUAUUUUAAAAACAGCGUGGAGAGAUAUUGAUCAUGGUAAUUAUUGAAGUCAUGUUUUAAACCUGAUGUGUGCAGCUUUAGUUUACAGGGAGAUGCUAGGUUGUCUCUAAUCUCAUCUAUGUAAUCAUCCCAAAAUCUUCAUUUAUUUACUUUUUUCCGACUCCUCCUGAGUUUAGAUUUGGGGGAAGUUUGUUUGUGUUUAUAGAACAGUGUUGUAAACAUUUAUCAAACAGAUAAAGAUCUGGAGAAGUUUUGAGAGACGGGUUGAAAUAGAAUGCUUUAGGACACGUGUUUACACAGUGACUAUCUUAAACCCAGUGUUAGAAAAGAACAGCUCCACAGAAACUAGGUAAAAAUGACUGAAAGAAAAGAAAAUUGAAAAAUAAGUCUCAUGCUGCCUGUUCAAUCAUAUAUGAGCAAUAAAUUAUUAGUAUAAUAAAUUACCGAGGAGUCUUCAUAGUUGUGUUGACUGUCAAUUAAAAGAAUUGAUUAAUCACAAUUCUGAUGAUGAUUAAAAAUGCCGUUACUGCCCUGUAUAUCUGAGAUGGCAAAAAUGAGUGUAAUGUGGUGUGCCUGUUUUUGAUUCUAAUGAUUUGUAAAUUAGAAAAUAAUGUGCUGAGUAAAAAAUAUGUGGAAGCUUCUGGAAAUACAAUGGCUUCUGUUCACCUAGAACAUGCCAUCUUACAUCACAACAGUGAUCUCUGUAAACAAAGCAAAUGAUCAGACUCACUCGAAUGACUGGAUCUCGCUCCAGGUACUUGGAGUUUUUACUGAACUGAAUCUGCCUUUAGCUACGCUGCACCAUUAAACUGUAUAGCUUAGCUUACUGAUGUCAUUAAAUCAUUUCUAUUUGACUCUUCAGCUGAUUUAUUGUAUUGGGUAAAAGAAUUAGAUUUCUCUCAAGAUUUCUUUUUAUCAUAAUUUACUUAUUUUACAUUUUUGAUUUACAUUUUUAGCUUUUUUAAAUUAAAUUGGUCUAUUCAUUUUACUGAUUUUAUGUAUUCCAUUUUUCCUGUUUUUGUUUUAUUAAUUUACAUUGAUUUUAUUUCUGUCUUACUGUUUCAUAGCUUUUAUUUAUGCAUCAUUCUUAUGUAUAAUACUUGGUUACAUUUUUAAUGAGGGUCACCCUCAAUAUAUUGGUUUAAAUAAAGAUUGAUCAAUCGCC